CCAAUGGACAUCUUACUGCUGAAGAGACCUCCAUUUGUUUUGGUCCAAUCUGGUGAUCCAAGAAGAUGAAUCUCCAGCUCUGGGUGUGAGGAAGAAUUGUAUAAGUGGUAUAAGGAAGACGUGGGUGCCUGUAGGCAGGAAAUAACACCGAGAUGUGCAAACGGGUGACUAAUACUGGCUUGGCUGUGAAUUACCGUGUUUAUGUACUGUACUUAUUUCCUAUCUUCUUCCUGUUUAGACAGGUGCAUCAGCAAAUCAUACUCCCCAUGUGUGGGUGAGCAGAAGUAAGGCUGGGAUUGCGUCUCUGUUGACACCUCCGCAGAUUCAGCGUGAAGCAGGGAGAGAGAAAAACAGACAUGCAGACAGAAUGAAUUGAGAGAGGAGGACAGAGGGAGCGCGAGAGAAGAGUGAAAGAGAGACAGAAGAUAUAUUUGACAGUGUGGGUGUGUGAAGUAUCAAGGCAUGCAUCAUAAUUGUGGAUUCUUCUCGGAGCAGCUGGACGUGUCACUGCAGCAGCAGGACAUUAUUGGUCUCACAAAGUGUGUUAUUUUGUACUUUAAAACAGUGGGAGCUGUCAGCGCAGAGAGCGACAUAGGAGACAAAAUGGAAACCUUUUUGUUUCUGCUGCCUCAAGGAUUUCAUUAACUGGGAUUAUAAAAUAAUACUUGAACUAGUUGAAGGGAUGCAGACUGGAAAAUAAUGAUGUCCCUUCACUGUCAAUAAUCAAGAUUUCAAGUCAAGAAUUGAUCUGAGAUGGCCGUCAGCCCUAUCAUCAUCUGCCUCCUGUCACUGAUUGGCUAUGGCUCAUCCCACCCCUCUCCUCCUCCUCGGGGAUGCAGUGUGGAUGUGGACCCUCCAUACAGAGUGCUGUGUGACCUGGAGUCAGUUUGGGGUGUGGUCCUGGAGGCCGUGGCCUGCAGCGGCGGCCUCGCUUCUCUGGUCCUCGCUGUGCUCCUGCUAGUCAAGCUGCGCUCCAUUGGUGACCCCGCCAGGCGCUCCGGCAUGGGGCCUCUUCUCCUGCUCCUGGGCACGCUCCUGGGGCUCUUCUCUAUUUCUCUUGCUUUCCUGGUGGGGAAGAACCAGGCGCUGUGUGUGGUCCGCAGGGCGUUCUGGGGGCCCCUUUUCGCCCUUUGCUUCUCCAGCUUGCUAGUGCAGGGUGUGAGGCUCAGGAGGCUGGUGGCUGGCAAAACGAGCCCAUCGGGCAGCUCCCUGGCAGCGCUGGGUCUGGCCUUGGCCUUGGUUCAGGGGAUCAUCUCUGCCGAAUGGGUCUUGCUGACUGUAGUUAGGGAGGGUCACCCGGCCUGCGAAUAUCCGCCUUUAGACUUUGCUCUGACAUGCAGCUACACCCUGGGGCUGCUCCUCAUAGCCAUGGGGCUCUCUCUGGGGGUGGUGUUGUGUGGAGGAGAGCUGGGGGUAGAGGGAACAGGUGGUAAUGACGAAGAUAGGGAAGGAGAGAGUGAAAAACGGAGAUGGAAGUGUAAUGCCAUCUGGGUCUUCCUUUCCAGUUUGGCAUCAGCAUUGCUAUGGGUGGCCUGGCUAGGGUUUUAUCUUUAUGGCAGCCAGGCACUGAGGGGAAAGGGGAAAGGGGACAGGUCAGGAGGAGGAAAGAAGGAUGUAAAGGUGUUGGAUGAGCCUGCACUGGCGGUGGCCCUGGUCAUUCAGGGCUGGAUCCUGCUGCUGUUCCACGCCAUUCCAGAGGCGCACCUGAUUCUCCGCAACCCUCCGCAAACAAACACGCAAGACUUCUUCGACACCAGUCACACAUCCCCUCCUCCACAUUUUGGAGAUGACCUUCCAGCACACUCUCACCGACCCUUCCCUGAGAACCAGUCCUUUUCUAUGGAGGAGCACGGCUCAACUCUCCGAAGUGGAACAUACCACGGCAGCCACGGGAGUGUCCGCCCUGGCAUCGCCUUUAGAGGUCACGUCUACCAACCUACUGAGAUGGCUCUGGUCAUGAACGGUGGAACAAUGCCCACGGCCCCAGUUAACUACACUGGAAGACGGUUGUGGUAAAAUGGGACGAGACUUGAAGAGGAUACACUGGUGUGUACUCGUAGAAUUUCCCGUUGCCUAAGAAAAAGAAGAAGAUAUUAAAAGCGUCACAUAUCACACAGAAUGGAGUUGAUGGGGGCUUAAAAAAAAGUUUAAUGUGUUUUAUGUUUCUGCACACAUGUAUGAAUUUUACAUUUUAAGAACCAAUCCUAACACUGUAGUAUUUAUGCUUAAGUUUUCUGGAUUGCCUCUUUAUCAGCAGACUGGACAUGAAAUCACAGGAGAGGGAAGAGAAAGUGACGCAGCUUCCACAGUUCAGGAGAUUUUGUCAUAAAGCCAGGGUAUUUAUGGUGCAUUAUUUUGAUAGACAGCACAGAUAGUCUUAACUGUAAUAUGUAUAUAUAUAUAUAUAUACACUGACAAGGAAUGUAUAAGGAGGGUUAAUGUUAUUAUAGCGUAUAUAAAGUCAAUAUCAAAGACUAGUGUUCAACGUGGUAUUACACGAGAGAGUGAAGAUUAAAGGACGACAUGAAUGAAGUGAAGUAAACGUUUUGUGUAAGCAGCUCUAAAUCGAUGCUGUUACUGAUGCCAGUUCAUCAAACUACGCUUUCCUUCUUUUUCUAUCAGGUGUUAAGCCCCAACAAAAAGGACAAAAAAAAAAGCUUUAGAUCGUUAAUGUAAAUUACCUGCAUACACCCACAUAGCUUGCUUGGCCUCUGUGUUACAUGCUGGAAAGACCCAAAGGACUCAUAGUGUUUUUCUCUCCAUAUCUCCAUCCUAUUAUCAGUGCUACUGGACAGUUUGGCACAUUUCACUGCGUGAAUUGACAAUUGUCAUGCAUUUAACAAAGCCUCUGCAGAGUUCUGAAGGAUCAGCUGAUGAUUCAGAAAGAAGAAGCUUAAAUGAGUCGACAGCUCAUGGAUGAGUAGUUUUUAAUAAGCAUAUCAUAAAAAGCCAUUUAAUACUGUAAUGCCUAUAAUGCAGUAUAUAAGGUUUACUGUUGGAGGUUGUGAUUUUGCACUUUAUCAUGUCUGGGCAUUGUGAUAUUUGAGAUGCAUGUAAAAGCGCAGUUUAAAGGUAAUGUAUUUUGUCAAAAUUUAAUUGUACUUUGAGUGUUUUCUAGAAUUUUGAUAUACACAUAGAGGAGAAAUACCAGUUUUAGUGUUGAGUUCAUUCUCAUCUGAAGUGCUCAGAAAAUAUAAACAUCUACAAUUCCAUGAAAACUGGGGAAACUUGAUCUGCAGAGGAAGACCAUGUGGUACAAUGGAAAGCUCUGGAACAGCUACAAAAUGGACCUUGAGGUUGGACUUUGUUCUCAGUCCGUUUUGGUGCAUUUUCACUCAUGUUUCCCAAAAGUUACUUUGGAUCUCAUAAGGCUCCUAAUCAUUAUAUAUACACUUUAUUUGAGAUGUAUGGCAACAUCUCAUUAUAUUGUUGUGUUGAAGAUCCCUUUACAUUUUAAAUUCCCAUCGAAUAUAGAGAAACAUUUAGUCAUGCAUCACUGUGAAUUAACCUGGAACAGAUUCAAACGCAUGUAUACUGUUUUUUAUUAGUGACGCAGCAAAGUUUGGCUCCAAAGCGAGACAGAUUUCUAGUCAGCAGCUGCUGGCAAUUGAACUCUGAGGCAGCUUCCUACUUGACUGGAGGGAUGCGGUUUUCAUCUCCCGAGCAACACUGGCUUCAUUCCAGGACAUUUUAUCCAGUUAAAACACAACUCAAAGAACAGUCACCAUGUUCAUGCCGGGACCAUUUCCUCUUGCUGUGAGACUCAACUAUAUAAUUUGCUUUUGUGUACAAGUGUAUGCUCAGAUAUUGUACAGUGAAAAUAUUACCAUCACGGGAUUUUUAUGUAUCAAUGCUAUAUAACUGAGUUUUAAUCAUGUAAAUAACCCAAAUGUGAAAAUGGUACUUUCCUUUUAAGAUGCUCUUAUGAUGAUAGCACUGUCACUGUUUAAUGGCAGCGUAACAUGAAUGUCUGUAAUGUGAUUCGCACAAAGUGGCUAAUACA